AUGAAGGGUGUAUUUCUGUCGAUCAUCAUUCACUGCGCUUUCGAAGGUUCGUCAGGCGCGUUUACAACAACACUUGCCACAAGCAUUCACGCUGAUGUUCUUGGUAUCUCUUACAACAAUCACGUGAGACCCUCUGACGUCACUAAUAUCAGUAUCGAAUUUGUCCUCUUUUCUCUUAAUGAUCUGGACAUGAAAAGUCAGACCAUGUCAACUUCUGGAUGGAUGACGGUCAAAUGGAAAGAUCCUCGCCUGGUAUGGACAAAGGCGUCAUACGGCGACAUAGAAUACAUCUACACUAAACAGGACAAAAUAUGGCGACCAGAACUUAUCAUUGACAACUCAGUUGGAGGGAUGGACCCAAUUGGUCACGAUCAUUUAUUUUUUAAAGUAAAGAAUACAGACGAGGUUCGUUGGGACCCUCCAGGACUUUUUGUCACCCAUUGCGAUAUUGAUAUCGCCUAUUAUCCAUUCGACUACCAAAUGUGCAAGAUUGAAGUCACUAGCUUUGCCUUCACAACAGAGGUAAUGAUCCUAAACAAAUCUAGAAACACGGUCAAUUCGCAGGAUUUCAACGAAAACGGAGAGUGGAUCUUAUACUCAUCGCAAGUUGAGGAGCGGAUUUUGGAAGAAAAUGAGGAAAAAUUUUCCCAGCUGGAGUUCCAGAUCAUUUUCAAGCGGCGCCCAGGGUAUUACCUGGCGAACAUUGUAUACCCAGUAAUACUUAUUUCUUUGCUCACAAACCUAAGUUUCCUCUUGCCAGUGGAUUCUGGAGAAAAGAUUUCCUAUACUCUGACAGUCCUUCUAGCUCUGGUAGUGUUACUAAUGCUCGUAGGAGAAAGCAUGCCCGCUGCUUCAAAACAUACUCCUAUCAUAGGAAUUUACAAAUCCAUAAUACUGAUGAUGGCCGCCCUGGGUAUAUUCAUCACAGUGUUAAACCUUCGCCUCUAUCUCAACACAGAUCAAACAGACGUACCAAAAUGGCUUCAAUGUUUCACAUUCACUGUGCUUCUCAAAAUUAAUUGCAAAAGCAAGAAGGUGGAAGACACAAAGUUACACCAACUUGAUUCCGUAGAUGACAAAACAGAAUUACAAGAAACCAAUGAAGGAAGAAAAUCACUGAAGCGUAUGAUGAGACAUCGCUCACAAACUCCAGCAGUUCACACAGAAGUGCAUUUUCCAUUCCAGUGUAAAGAAGUUUCUGCUUUUCUGGACACUUUCUUCUUUUAUUUGUUCAAUAUCAUAAAUUUAAUAGUAACAGUGGUAUUGAUAAUAAUCAUAGCUGUAUGUGAUGUUCCUCCAGUCUGAGGACAAAUCAACAUUUUUUUUCUUUUGUGAAAUUGUUCACUUUUUUCCCACUUUUU